GGGAUCAUGGCGGCCGCGCGGCUGCUGGUGCGGCUCAGCCCCGCGCCCGCCGCCGGCGACAAGGCGAUCCUCAAGCUCCAGGCGUAUUUCCAGUCGGGAAAGCGGUCGGGGGGCGGCGAGUGCAACGUGUGCGCGGGCCCCCGGCCCGGCACCUACUGGGUGCAGUUCUCUAAGGAGCAAGACAGGAGGAAUGUGGAAUCCCGCACAAAACACACCUUGGAGCUCGGUGCAAGAUGCCUGGAAAUAGUCAUUCUGUCGGGAGAAGGGGAGCCGGGUAAGAGCCGGGCUGCAGCGCAGGCCUCUGCCAGCUACAACAAGGUCGCUGCCAGCCCUUCCCUGCCCCAGCAGGAGCAGCGGGACAGCGGAGGCUAUGGGGCCACAGCAAAGGAAGACCUUACCAAAAAGAUAUUUCUUACAGUAUCUGCUACUUUGAAUACCAGUGUGUUCACUGAAGACCAAAGGGAGAAGAUUACCAUUAUGUGUCCAAACUUAAAGAGAGAGGGAAACCCUGCCGUGGAUGGCUCUGAGAAAUUGACAGGAGAUUUUACAGAUAUUGAAAAAGCUUAUCACUAUUUUGAAGAUAUCCUUGCAGGCAAAGACUCAAACCAUGAUUUUUCACAUUCUGCAUGUAAGAAUGGUUUGAAGGAUGAAAAUAGCCUGAAUACUGAAGAAGUUGUUGAGAUUCCAGUUGUGACAACUCUCUAUGAGUAUUUUAGUCAUGCCCGCAAAGAAGAAAUCAAAGAACUACACAAAAGGUUUGGAGCACAUAUAAAAACUAAAGGUCAUGAGGAGGAUAACACAUUAAUACACAUAUCUUCUGAUCAAAGUCCUGCAUUGUUACAAGCAGCUAGUGAUUAUUUUAUCAGAACUUUUCAGAAAGCUACAGAAAAUCUGACAGAGGAAAUAGUUCCCAUAACAAACAGUUACACAUUAGAAGAGACAAUAAUGAAAUUGAAUGAAAAGUUUAAAAAUCUUCUUGCUAAAGAGGAAGGGAAUCAGUUGCUACUCCGUGGUCCAGGGAGUGAGAUUUUAGCUGCCCAAAAAUUUCUAGCAAAGGAAGGUGAGAACAGCCAAGCUGAAAAGAAUAUAAAAAUAUCAUCUGAAUGGUACAAAUACAGGAAUGGAGUUGAAGUUGAUGCUUCUGUGUUUAAAUUGUUGGAAACCAUACUAAGCAAAGAAAUUGAAAACAUAAAUGGCAAAUUUGAUACACUGGUAAAAAUAAAAGAGAAUUCAUAUGGCCAGAAGGUCAUAAUAUUUAGGCCUAAAUCCAAAACUUCUGAUCUGUCAUCACAUGCUACUGAAAGUUUUAUCAGUGAAUUUCAGAGUGCCUCUGCAAUGUUAAGAGAAAAAAUCAUCAGUGUGAAGCUUUCAGAAGAUCAGAAGAAAACUUUAAACAUGCUACUUAAUGCAAAGAAAUUUGAAGAUCUUAAUGUACAACUUAAGAAGAACAAAGAUAAGUUAAUCAUAAUGGGUUUACCAGACCAUCUUUAUGCUGCUGAAGAGAACAUUAAGUCCCUUCUUAACACUGAAGGGACACAAACUAGAAAUAGAGCACUACUGUUCUCUGACCUCAGCUCUCAAGAAGCUACAGGAGCAUCUAAGAAGUCCAGUGUUAGGCAAAAGAAUAACCUUUUUUCUGAAGGACAGACUCAGGCAAAGACAGAAGAAAAAGAAGAUGAUGAGUGUCCUAUUUGCAGGGAUACAAUUGAAAAUAAAGAAAUACUAGAAAGGUGCAAACAUGCAUUUUGCAAAAUUUGCAUUGACAGAGCCAUGACUUACAAACAAGCUUGUCCAGUUUGUAAUACUGUCUGUGGAGUCCUGAUGGGAAACCAACCGGAGGGAACAAUGUCAAAUACAACAACUAAUACCUCUCUUCCUGGUUAUCCCUAUUGUGGCACUAUUGUAAUUGACUAUAAUAUGAAAGGUGGUAUUCAAACUAGCAGCCAUCCAAACCCAGGGCAGCCUUAUGGGCCAGUUCACCGAACAGCGUAUUUACCUGACAAUGAGGAAGGGCGAGAAAUUCUGCAGCUCCUCAAAAGGGCCUUUAACCAAAAAUUGAUUUUCACAGUGGGGCAGUCACAUACUACUGGUGCAGAGAAUGUUAUCACAUGGAAUGAUAUUCACCACAAAACUGCCACGAUGGGAGGACCUACCCUGUUUGGUUACCCGGAUUCUUCUUAUCUGCAGCGCGUUCGAUCAGAAUUGAAAGCAAAAGGAAUUGAAUAAGAAAAUCUAUCAACUCUCAAGUGUAAUGACUAAGCAUACAGCAGUUAAUGUACUGCUCAAGCUCUGAGGGAAGUUACUUUGUUUAACUACUGUACUUAAAUCAUUUGUUAGGUAAAAAACAAUCACAGUUAGGUAAGAAAAGUAAUUUUUUCUCAUCAAACAAUGUAUGUUCUUUUCACAAAUAUUUUACUUCCCUCUAUAUAUAGCCUUUACAGUAUUUAGUUCUUGUGAGAUUGCAUUUUGUAUAUCUUGCUUUACUAGCAAAUCUGAUUUGAACUUUUCCCCAUAACUUUUUCAAAUUUGCAAAACCUUUAGAUCCACUACUAGCUUUUAUUAGAUGAAGCACUUCUCCUAGCUUUGCAUUAUGAUGUCUGUCAGCAUGGCUGGCAUCAUGUAACCCGUCUAAUCUAAAAUUUGUAUGCAGCUAUGACUGUUAGCUGUGAUAAGGCUAUGGACUUUUGCUUCUUUUCAUGGUAGAAAUGGCCUUAGUGAUUUGGGUUUUACAUGUGAAAUUAGCUAUGGAUCAUGUACAAGGGGGUACAUGGAUGCUUAGCUUUGCAGAAGUGCUGAAUACUGAGAGCUGUGUUGGAGUCAAUGGGAAGUUAGAGUGUCAUAUCUAAUAGUGGGCUCCUGGUUAUGUGCCUGCCAUAGUGCUUAAACUUAAAUACAACUUCUAAAUCAGUUUUUCAACUAUAAAACUGUAUUCUUUCAAUUGCAUUCAAUAUAGGUUUAAAUUGUAUCAUAAAGAUACUCUGCAGUGCUUAAAUAACCUGCUAAUUAUCUGUGUGGAGGUAUGUCACACAGACAUCAUUUUUAGUAAGUUGAACCAUUUUGCUAAGGCUAUUGAGCACAACUAAUAAAGAAAAUAUGAAAAUA